GUGCGUUUGGGCGCAUGCGUCGUGUGGCACCGUAGAAAAAGGAGCUGCUGGCGGGCCUUGUCGGAGACAUGGAGCAGGGCUACGGAGGCUACGGGGCGUGGAACGCAGGGCCUGCCAACACCCAAGGUGCAUACGGAUCUGGUGUGAGCAGCUGGGGGUCUCCAGGUUACGACAACUACAACUACUAUGGAUCGCAGAAUACCAGUGUCCAUUCGGGAUCUUCGUACAACUACGGGCCAGCCUCCUGGGAGGCCGCCAAGGCCAGCGACAGCGGCCCCGCCAUGCACAUGGGCUCCUACGGGCCGGAGCCGUGCGACAACUCCGACUCGCUCAUUGCCAAGAUCAACCAGCGCCUGGACAUGAUGUCCAAGGAAGGGGGCAGGGGCGGGAGCGGUGGCGGUGCAGAAAUCAUGCAGGACCGGGACAGCAACUUCCGCUUCCAACAGUUCGAGCCCUACGACUCCAGGCCUUGCGUGCCGGAGCAGAACUCCUACCGCCCCAACUACAGCUACGACUACGAUUACGACCCGGGGGCCAACCACAACGGCGGCUUCGGGGCCGGCCAGUACAGCGACUGCCGGGACCUGGCCCGCGAGCGUGGCCCGCUGGACAGCUUUGCACGGGGCCGGGGCCAGGGCCGCUUCCAGGAGCGGGGCAGCUCCGGCAGCUUUGGGCGCGGCGACCCCUUCGUGCCGGCCUCCUCCGAGUCCCUGUCCACCUCCUGGAAUGACAUGAGCUAUGCAGCUGGCAGGGGCCCCGGCGGCCAUUCCGGCAACAGGCCGCCUCCUUCCCUGUUCUCCCAGUCCAUGGGCUCCGACUACUGCGGGAUGGGCAUGCAGGGCACCGGCAGCUAUGACAACAGCAUGCCCUUCGGCUGUGGCCGCGCGCAGACGCACCUGCGAGACUGGCCCAGGAGGCGGGGUUUUGACCGCUUCGGACCGGACGGCAUGGGCAGGAAGCGGAGGCCGUUCCCCAUGUACGAGGAGCCAGACGCCAAGGUGGCCCGGGCUGACAGCGAAGGAGAUGUUUCCGAAAAUGCAGACGACGGAGCUGGCGACUUCCGCUCGGGAGAUGAAGAAUGCAGGGGUGAGGACGAGCUCUGUGAUUCUGGGAGGCAGAAAGGAGAGGACGAGGAUGACGACAUAAAGAAGAGACGCGAGAAGCAGAGGAGGAGAGACCGGAUGCGGGACCGAGCGGCCGACAGAAUUCAGUUUGCCUGCUCAGUGUGCAAGUUCCGGAGCUUUGAGGACGAAGAGUUCCAGAAACAUCUACAAAGCAAGUUCCACAAGGAGACGCUGCGCUUCAUUGGCACCAAGCUGCCCGACAAGACGGUGGAGUUCCUGCAAGAGUACAUCGUAAACCGGAACAAGAAAAUUGAGAAGCGGCGGCGGGAGCUGACGGAGAAGGAGAGCCCCAAACCCAAGCCGGAUCCUUUCAAGGGCAUCGGCCAGGAGCACUUCUUCAAGAAGAUCGAGGCUGCGCACUGCUUGGCCUGUGACAUGCUGAUCCCCGCGCAGCCGCAGCUCCUGCAGCGCCACCUGCACUCCGUGGACCACAACCACAACCGCAGGCUGGCCGCGGAGCAGUUUAAGAAGACGAGCCUGCACGUGGCCAAGAGCGUGCUGAACAACAGACACAUCGUGAAGAUGCUGGAGAAAUACCUCAAGGGCGAGGACCCCUUCACCAGCGAGGACCCGGAGAUGGAAGCGGAGGACAAGGAGGAGAGCCCAGAGGAGGUGGCAGCCGAGGUCUUAGCCGACGUGGUCACGGCCACGGUGCGGGCCGUGGAGGGGGAGGAGAGCGAGGCAGUGCCAACCCCCGGGGGCAGCCAGGCUCCAGCCGCCGAGGAGGCCCCCGUGGAGUCAGCAGAGAGCGCCGGCAGUGCCCACAAUGACACACAGCCGGACGAGCAGACAGACCCACAGGCGAGUGGGACAGCAUCCGAGGUGGGGCUCACCGCGGCCCCUGCGGGCGAGACCGGAAGUCAGGAUGCCCAGGCUGGGAGUGAAGAGGCGGUGCCAGCAGCCUCGGCAGAUGAGGCCAGCGCGGAAGCUGCCGCUGCGGGCACAGCCACCCCAGACAGCCACGAAGCACAAACUGAUGAUGCUCCUGCAGUGUGACAUUGACACAGGGCCAGAACACUGGAGACCCCGCUGCCUGCAUCCCGAGGGCCUCGCUCCACCCCACCAUCUGAGGCCCGGGGGGCCGCGCAUCCCUGCAGCUCCUGGGUCAGCCCCUGCACCCUGCGGCCGCAAUCCUAAUAAAAGCUGCGUGGUAGCUCU